UUAUUCAACAUGGCUCAAGACCCUCGUGUUUUGCUCCAGAAAGCAGACAAAGCGCUGCAGGGCGCCGGUAGUGGUUUCAGCUUCUUCAGCGGACGGACAGAGAAAUACGAAAACGCAGCGGACUUGUACACGCAAGCUGGAAAUGCAUUCCGAGUCCAAAAGCAAAACAAGGAAGCCGGUUUAGCAUUCGAAAAGGCCGCCUCUAUCCAAACACAGAGCCUGAAUGAGCCUGACGACGCUGCCAAUUCGUUGCAGGAAGCCUUCAAGGUCUACCGCAAGUCGGACCCUGAAGAUGCCGCCCGUGUGCUCUCAAGCGCUAUCCAACACUACGUACUAAAAGGCAACUUCCGCCGUGCUGCCACUCAACAGCAGUACUUGGCAGAGGUAUAUGAAGUGGAACUGGGUGAUCAGAAGAAGGCUCUGGAAGCCUACGAGAAAGCUGCCGAGUGGUUCGACAGUGAUAACGCUGAAGCCCUUGCAAACAAGCACUAUCUCAAAGCUGCUGAUUUGGCCGCCCUGGAAGGCGACUAUUACAAAGCUAUCGAACACUACGAGAGAAUCGGCCGUUCAUCCAUUUCUAAUAACCUGAUGAAGUGGUCCGUUAAAGAUUACUUCCUGAAGGGUGGCAUCUGCCAUUUGGCCACUAAUGAUCUGGUUGCCACCAACCGCGCCCUCGAGAACUACCGUGAUAUUGAUAACACUUUUGCCUCAACAAGGGAGCACCAGUUGCUUAUUGACCUCGUUCAGACCAUUGAACAAGGUGACCAGGAGGCCUUCGCCGACAAGCUCUUCCAAUUCGAUCAGCUGAGCAAGUUGGACAAGUGGAAGACAACCCUGCUACUCCGCAUCAAGAACAACAUCGAGGAGCAGGCAGAGGAUUUCUCUUAG